UUCAGAGCUCUAGGCCCCCAUCUCUCAUUUCGUAAGUCAACAAUUACAAUUAUGCUUUGAUGACCGUAUGACCAGCACACAUUAAUUUAUAAUUUGUUCAAAUUAUAAUUGCCGACCAUAACUGCAACGAUACACGCACACACAGCACAACACAAUACACACAACCCAAUCCAGUGGCAUUUGGGGCAUUAACAUUAACACCCUGGGGACAUGACUAAGCCCCUGGUACACAGCAAACGAAACGAAGAGAGGCCGGAGGGUCAGUCGAAGCUUCUGGCAGAGGGGCGCACACAAAUUUGACCUCUUCAAUUGACCAGGCCUUUGGUCUGGUAUGGAUGGCUGGACUGGGCUGGGUGGUGCCCAGUGGGCUGGGGUUGGGAUUGUUUGUCUGUUGACCUUCAUGACGUCGCCGGCAAACAGCAGAUGCAUGUACAAUAUGCACUCGUCAUCGGCGAGAGGUGCACUCAAGGGUUGCCCUCACGCUCGCUUGUCAGUCAUAUUUUCUAGGGGGUCUUCCAAACUGCCCGCAUACCCUGCUAUUGAAAAAAAAAUCAUACAAGAACUAGUAAUAUUUCAUAGUAAUUGGAAUGGUUAUGGGAAAGUGUCCUAUCUUGUUUAAGAGAAAAGGAAGACCAAAGUAAAAUGAAUUCAGGCAAUUACAAACUAGUUUUGUGUAAUUUCCAGGAAUUAUUCAAAUACCCCUGCCAGGUACCAUCCAGUUGUAAUCACUCACAUAGUUUUAAUUAACAGAAGAUGACGCAUUCUAUCUAAAUUGAAUUAUUUACUCGAUUUUUAUGAAUGAAACGCUCGUAAGUGAUUCACGAGAGCAUGAGUGACACAGAAUUAUAGUGCUCGAAUAUGUGUAUCUGAGGCUCAUUCAAUAAAUGAUAAUUUAUGGAGCUUGGAAGCGGCUUCUGCCAGUGAAUUCCGGUUAAAAGUCACCCCCCUGCCCAUGGCGAACCGAGCUCAUUAAUUUUUAGGGAACCCCUUGGCCCGAUCCAGGCCCCUUCGCGUUUCCACGGAACUGAUGGAAGGUGGAGUUCAAAUGGCAACCGAGCAGAAGAUUUCUCAAUUGUCGCUGUGGCGCCCAGAGGGUAUGACAAUUUAAUUAAUUAACGGCACAGAACUCACUUUUCAACAUGUGGCCAUUGAGAAAUGGGUGAGACUGGGAGGCAGGAAGGAAGUCAGCAACCUAGGAGACACAACUCACUCACACAGUCUCACAUAUUUAGUCCUUUUGCCUCCUACUUAUUAUUCGCGACAGCACGCAUAUUUUCCAGCUUCGGAGUUUUUCAGCUACCCAGGACUCUUACAGUCGUUCUCAACCAAGGCAGGAUGGCUGAAUUUUCAGUUGGUGUACAUUUUUGUCGAAUCAAAUAUUUUUAAGACGAAACCUUCUUGUCCCUGACAGUCCAUAGUUAUGCUAAUGUCAACGUUGUGCUAAAAAAAACCAAGCAAACUAUCUGCCUUUUGCGAAAUGUGUCAAAGGACUUGCCUGACAAAAGUGUAACAAGCAGCCGUAAAUCGAAUACGGCGUAUGACAUGCGUUGGACGGCAGGAAACAGAAAGGAUAACGGCUGUAAGUCCUGGCCAGGAACAGAAACGGAGCCAGAACCAGAGAACCAAGUGCCAAGCAAACAACGUGGCCUCAUUAAAGUGACCAAAGGAGAAAUCGAGCAGGACACUCUGACCUACCGCCUGCAGAAGUAUCUUUGUUGGGCAAUUUCUACACUGAGAGAAUAAUAUAACAAUAGUGAUUAAAUGGUAAAAGUGUAUGCUCUCAAAAGGAUUUCUUCGAAGCUCGAUUAAAUCGUUCAAAAUAGACCCCAUCGCACGUGUAAACAUCAAUUUGCGAUUAAAUAUUAUCCUAAAUGGCGCCCAACAAGGGUUGUAGUCCUCCGGAGAGCAAGAGGAGGUAGUGGCAAGAAACAAAGCAUACUUAUUUGGGUCACUCACGCAUACAGAAAUGUUUUCCCUGUUGUUGUCUGUGCACAGAUUGCCGGACAAGUGGUGGGCAAUGGUAAGUAGGACCAAGGACCAAGGUCCAAGGACUAGACAGCAAUUUGGUAAACAAGUCGCCGACGCCGCCAUCGCCAUCGCCAUCGCCGCCGCCGUCGCGUUCACGCCUGUGACUAUAUUUAGGUGUCCGGCGUGUUGCCAUCAUAAAACUCAUGCUAAAAUAAUAAAGUGGACAUUGGACAUUGGACACUGGGCACAGGGCACUGGGCACUGGCGUUGCAUAAAUUGAGACGCACAAGAGGACAAGGAACAAUGCCAAUCCAGGUCCAGAUUUAGACAAGACGCGUAUUUGCUGCACACAAUAACUUUCUUGCUGUUUUACGAUUCUCUUUUUCCGUUGGAGGACGUGGACGGGGAUGGGGGGAAAUUCCCCGAAGAAUUACGACCUUACGAGGAAAAACAAACGUGAGCGGCACUUGCAAUCCACAUGAAUGACUCUGUUUCAGCCUGCAGGCGAAUAUUUGGUGUAACGCCCACCCACUGCCCCCCAUCAGCACGCCUCCUUGGCAUGCUGGGAUAAGGUCGAAUAACAUUCAUGUACGAGCUGGGAGUGGAGCAGAUUAACUGCAACGGCAAACUCAUCGAUUUGCCCAGCUUAGAGGUGGUGCGUCCAGCUCCCAAAAUGCCCAGCGAUGCUAACAUUGAUUGGCUGCUCCACAUUUAUUUUACUCGCCGCGAGUUCACGCGCUGCCGUCGCCUCAUCGAACGUGAGCUGAAUCGACAUCUGAAUCCGGAGUACCUGUACUUUGUCCAGGGCCUAAUUGACCGCGAAGAGGGCAAUAACAUCGAUGCUUUGCGGCACCUGCAGAAGUCCGUGGAGCUCAAUCCGCGUAAUAUUGAGACUUAUAAGGAAAUCGGAAGGACAUUAUACCUGAUGGGACGAUUCGGCCAGGCCUUGGGCGUUUUUCGGGAGGCUGAGCAAAGGAGUAGCAUUAAGGACCAUGAAAUAUAUCACUAUUUGGGAGAGCUGCUCUACAGAGCAGCCACAACUCAAACUCUAUCGGAAUUGGCACGGCAGCAGCAGGAUGAGUCUCGGUCCUAUUUCGAGCUGGCCGUACAAACUGGCCGGAAACAAGAGAGCUAUGUCCGUCUGGCCGAGCUGUAUCGAAAGGACAAACAGUACCAAAAGGCCAUUGAAGUGCUGGAAAAUUGCCUGCAUUUAACGCCCGAGAACUCUGAGGUGCUGAUUGAAAUCAGUGUGCUGUACCUGAAAAUAAACGAGACCCAAAAGGCCCACGAUCGUCUGGCGGAAGUCGUCAGCAUUGAGCGGAAAUGCUCGCCUAAGGGCUUGUUGGCAUUUGGCGCCAUUUUGCAGUCGCGCAACGAUGUGGACGGGGCCCUCAGCAAAUACAGCCAAAUCGCUAACGCUGAGCCGGAAAUUGCAGAGCUCUGGAAUAACAUUGGAUUGUGUUUUUUCAAAAAGCAAAAGUUCAUUGUGGCCAUUUCAUCGCUUCGCAAAUCGGUUUGGCUCUCUCCCCUCAACUACAAUGCCCUCUACAAUUUGAGUUUAAUUUACAUUGCCUCUGAACAAUACGCCAGUGCCUUUCACACACUCGCCGCAGCCAUAAACCUGCGCAAGGAUAAUGCCGAGUGCUACAUGCUCCUGGGCUUGUGUUUGCGUAAGCUGGACGAUAUGGAAAAUGCCUUCGUGGCCCUCGAGCGGGCAAGCAGCAUGUCUGUGGGUCUUCAGGGUGGCGGAAGGAAUCCGCUUGUGGUGCUGAACUUUGCCCUCUUCUGCUACGAAACAGGUCGAUUGGCAAUGGCCACCGAACAGUACAACCGGUUCAUGAGCCAGGCCCAGGAUCUUUUGUUGCCCACGGAAUACAAAUUCCAAGCAACCAAAUUGAAAUCCCUGCUGCGAAUCUCGAGCCAGGGCAAUGGCAUACUCCUUGAUCCGUUGGAUUCCGAGGAAUCCGAUUUGGGACACAGUCGUACAACGGAUUUGCCGCCCGACGAACUUCCACUGGAGGUGAACGCCGUGGUUAGCCAGAAGUAACAUUGAAUUAUUAAUGGUAAUGAACAAUGGCAGAGCCAUUAGAAUAAAGUCCAAAUCCACCACGUACUUGAAU